UCUAUUACCUUACAACUGUGGCACAAAAUUGGUGACAGUGGGGUGUGUCUGCACCCCCCUUCCACCCCGUAAAAUAAACACACUUCGGGGGGAGACAGCCAGGGCUAUCGAUCCUGGAGGUCCAGGGAAAUUAACCCUGGUAAAUAAUCAUAAUAAUAAUAGUAACAGAUAUGGGAACGGAAUGAAAGGCAUCAUUCUCCGUGGCCCGCAGGGAGAACUGUCCAGUCCGUGUCCCCCGCUCUCAGCCGAUAGAGUUUCAAUGGAGUGUGGGACUUCGCGGGUCGUCAUUAACCUUUUAUUUUUAGUGGUGGGUGUUGGUGGGCGGGGGGUCUUUGGAAACUCAUAUCGCCCAGCUGUCAGCGUUGUAAUGGAAAGUUAUGAGAGCGCGGUGUGGUUCCAGAAUAGAAGAGCCAAGUGCAGGAAACAGGAGAAUCAGAUGCAUAAGGUGGUCAUCCUGGGCACCACCAACCACCUAGACGGCUGCCGAGUGGCACCCUACGUGAAUAUGGGAGCUUUGCGGAUGCCUUUCCAACAGGUCCAGGCUCAGCUGCAGCUGGAAGGCGUGGCCCACGCGCACCAGCACCUGCACCCGCACCUGGCGGCGCACCCGCCCUACCUGAUCUUCCCCCCGCCGCUGUUCGGGCUGCCCAUCGCGUCGCUGGCCGAGUCCGCCUCGGCCGCCGCCGUGGUCGCCGCGGCCGCGAAGAGCAACAGCAAAAACUCCAGCAUCGCCAACCUCCGGCUCGAGGCGUGCAAGGCCGCGGAGGCCCUGGGGCUCUGA